AUGGCGUCCCUCCGCGUCCUCCCGCGGCUCCGGCUCCUGCGCCGCGGCCCGGCCGCCCGGAGCCCCGCCCCCGCCCGGAGCCCCGCCCCCGGGUCCCGCCAGGCCCCGCCCCCGCCGUGGCCGCUGCGCGCGCACAUCCGGGUCCUCGGCGGCGGCGGCCUCGGCGGCGGAUUCGGCGGCAGAUUGACGGGCGGCUGGGGCAGCGGCGGCGCGGGGCAUGACGGGAUCGCGGCGGACGGCGGCGCGGAACCGGAAGAAGACGGCGGCGCGGAACCGGAAGAAGACGGCGACGCGGAGCUGCUGCUGGGACCCGAGGACGAGGAGGAGGAGGAGCCGCUGUUUCCGGUCGGCGGCCCGCAGCGCGUCUGCAUCGUGCACCCCGACUUCCGGGGCCCCGGCGGAAGGACGCCGGGGGAGACGGAGCGUGACGUGGCGGAGGCGGCCGCCCUGGUGCGCGCGCUGCCGGGCUGGGCGGUGGCGCGGACCCUGGUGGCGCCCGCGGGGAGCGCCGGGGCCGGAAGUGGCUGCGGCGGAAGUGGGCGGAUCUUCGGGAAGGGCAACUUCCGGGCGCUGACGGAGAAGAUCCGCGCGUGCCCCGGGGUCACGUGCGUGUUCCUGGACGUGGAGCGGACGGCGGCGCCGACCCAGAGGGAGCUGGAGGCCGCCUGGGGCGUCCCCGUGCUCGACCGCCUCGCCGUGGUGCUGCGCGUGUUCCGCUGCCACGCGCGCUCGCGGGAGGCCCGGCUGCAGCUGGCGCUGGCGGAGCUGCCGCUGCUCAGGUCCUCCGUGGACUCCGCCCGGCAGGAAGGGAGGGGCUCGCGGUACAUCCUGGGGUCAGGCGAGUCCCCCGCGGAGCUGCGGCGCCGGGCGCUGCGCGCGCGGGAGGCGAAGCUCACGCGUGCCCUGGAGCGCGUGCGGGCGAAGCGUGCCGUGCUGCGGGGCGGGCGCCGCGGGCUCCCCGUGGUGGCCGUGGUCGGCUACACCAACUGCGGGAAGACCACGCUCGUGCGCGCGCUGACGGGCGACCCCGCGCUGCGGCCCCGGGCCCGGCCGUGCUCCACGGUGGACGUCACGGCGCACGCGGGGCGGCUGGCGUGCGGGGCGCCCGUGCUCUACCUGGACACCGUGGGCUUCCUGGAGCGGCUGCCGCACGGGCUGGUGCACGCCUUCGCCGCCACGCUGGGGGACGUGGCGCACGCGGACCUGCUCCUGCACGUGUGCGACGCCAGCCACCCGGACGCCGCGCGGCACAGGGCGGCCGUGCUCUCGGCCCUGCGCGGCCUGCGUGUGCCACGCGCGUUGCUGGAGUCGGCGCUCGAGGUUCACAACAAGGCGGACCUGGUGCCGGGGUCCCGCCCCCCGGGCCCCGGCGCCCUCUCCGUGUCGGCCUUGCACGGCCACGGCCUGGACGAGCUGCGGGCGGCGCUGGAGGAGGCCGUGCUGCGCGUGACGGGCACGCGUGUGCUGACCCUGCGCGUGCGCUCGGGGGGGCCGCAGCUCAGCUGGCUGCACCGCGAGGCGUCCGUGCAGCGGGUCCGGGACGCGCCGGGGGCCGCGGGGUCCGCCCACGUCACGGUCGCCAUCGCCCGCGCCGCCCUCGGCCGCUUCCGCCAGCGCUUCCCCGGGGCGCAGGAAGUGGGCGGCGAGGCCCCGCCCCCCGCGGCCUGA